AAAAGAGAAAUGGAUUUCGAAGAGACUGAGUACAGUAAAGAUUAUCUGGUCUUGAAGCCGAAAGAUGCAACUCUAAAAGACGUGUUUCUGUCCUUACUUCCUUCAGGUUCUACAAAGAUCCAAAACUUGAUCAUUUGCCCCGACGACAAAGUAGAGAAUUACACCAACUUCAAAGCUCGACGGGAUAUUUUCUUCUCCAUUUUGGUGCUGAAAUUCCUUUUCUCCCUCGCCUCUCUUCUCAAAAUCCUAGGAAGAUUUUGCUUCUCUCUUAAACGAUUUUUCUUCAACUAUAUACGACGUAGUAUAUACAUUUUUCUAACUCCAAACCGAUCUCAUAUCACGUCAGAGGCGGAUCUGUCAAUGGUUCGAGUGGCGAAUGCGCCCCCUUCAAAUGUGGCUUGGAGUCCACAAUUGAUCGACUUGUCCACAUCAAUAUCUAAGGGUCAAACCUCCGGUAUACAUUCGUUGGUGCCAGAUAAUUUUGCAUGUACGAUGCCUUCCUUACCAAAAGUGAGAUGUAGAGAAUGGCAAAUAAUGGAUCCAAACGACAACACUAUGAAUGUACAGGACCGUUAUUUCAGAUACUAUAGUGCCUUAACCAUUAUGGCCUCCAAAUUGGCGUAUAAAGAUCAUUCACUCAUAUACUCCGUAGUAACCCAAUGUUGGAAGAUGGAUUUAAUUGGCUGCUUCAAUUUUCGGAACGACUUUUUGGAGACAGGAUCGACUCAUGCAUUUAUGUUUGAAGACAAAUCGAAAGACGUAACAGUAGUGGCAUUUAAAGGGACCUCCCUGUUUGACCCCACCGAUUGGAUGAUAGAUUCCAACUUUUCUUUUCACGGAGUAGACGGCGUCGGCCUAAUCCACUACGGCUUCAUGCAAGCCCUUGGAUAUCAGAAGAACACUGGUUGGCCCAAGGACCUCCCUAAAUUAGCCCACCAUGAUUUUGCAUACUACGCCCUUCGCCGUAAACUUAGACACAUUGCUAAAUCCAACCACAACGCAAAAUUCAUCAUCACUGGCCACAGUCUGGGCGGUGCACUUGCUACCCUUUUUGUUACUUUGUUAGCCCAUCACAAAGAAACAACCCUUCUUCGCAAGAUUCAAGGUGUUUAUACCUAUGGCCAGCCCAGACUUGGGGACCAAAACUUUGCACAAUUUAUGGUCAAAGCUAUCGAAACAUAUGACAUUAAAUAUUAUAGAUAUGUUUACUCUUUCGAUUUGGUACCUAGAGUUCCUUUCAAUUGUACCAUUUCCAACUACAAACACUUUGGUGGAUGCAUCUUCUUUAAUUGCUUCUACAAUGGCAAGCUGCCACCUGACCGAAAAGAAGACUUUGCUCAAUGCAUUGAAGCCGACUAA